UCCGCGGAUCCGCGUGCAGUCAGUCCGUCAGUGAGCGGCGGGCUGGUGGUCUGUUGCUUUUCCGUCUGUUUCUGUCCUGUCGCGGACUUCCUGCGUUCUUCUAUGUGAGAUAAUCAUGUCCGAUUAACGGAGUCUUGGCGCUCGUUGUGGAGAGAUAAAUUAAACGCCGGUGGCCCCAGCCCUUUGGAAGAUGGAAGCCGUGAGCAAGUGGAGCCCGCAACAAGUGGUGGAAUGGAUGAGAGGUCUGGACGACAGCCUGCAGCAGUACAUCCCCUCCUUCCAACAGCUGCAGGUGGACGGGGAGAAGCUGCUCAGGAUGUCCCACCAGGAGCUGCUGCCUCUGGGCGUGGCGAGGGUCGGACAUCAGGAGCUGAUCCUGGAGGCCGUGGAUCUGCUCUGCGCUCUGAACUACGGGGUGGAGUCGGACAACCUGAAGACUUUGGUGGGGAAGAUGAGAACAGCGCACCACAACCUGAGCAGCGCCGUGACGCAGCGCAGGAUGAACCCCGCCUACCACAGCAAGAACUCCCAUCAGCCCUCCAACGAAUUCCUCACCGCCGUGGUUGAACUGAUCGGAGUUGCCAAGAAUCUGCUGGCCUGGCUGGACAGGACUCCUCUGACGAGUGCCAAUGACUUCACCUCAACCAAACGCAAGAUCAUCCAGCUGUGUCUGGAGCUCACCUCCACCGUCCAGAAGGACUGCACUGUUUAUGAGAUGGAGGAAAGGAUUCUGGAAGUGUCUCAAGCGCUCAACGGCAUCUGUGAGAAGACGGUCCAGGCGACCUCUGACCCCUCAAAGAGGGAGCUCUCCUGUUUGGAGGAGGUUCACAUCACCAACGUCAAGCCUGGGGAGGGAUUGGGGAUUUACAUCAAAUCCACCUACGAUGGACUUCACGUCAUCACGGGAACAACAGAGAAUUCUCCUGCAGAUAAAACCCAGAGGAUUCACGCUGGAGAUGAAGUCAUUCAGGUCAACAAGCAGACAGUGGUGGGCUGGCAGUUAAAGCACCUGGUGGACAAGUUGAGGGCGGAGUCAGGAGGAGUCGUCUUGAUGCUGAAGAAGAGGCCGUCCGGACCUCCUGGCGGCUUCGCACCGGCUCCGCUGAAAAACCUGCGCUGGAGGCCGCCGCUCGUACAGACCUCACAGGGAGCUCCGGGUCUCUACAAAUCCCAUCAGUCAGAAACCUCAGACGCUCUUGGAAAGAGGGGGAAGACAGCCAUCUUGGAUUUGUACAUCCCUCCUCCCCCAGCAGCGCCUUAUGUCCCGCUAGUUGGGAACACAAACUUGCCCCCAGGUGUGAAAAUGCGACCCAAGUCUCCGAACUCGUACCUGGACACCGAUGUGCGGCGGCGGCGCUUCACGGUUGCUGAGGAAAACCGGACGUCUGCCAUGCCUCCAGAUGAAUCCAGCCAUCCAAUCCCAGUGCGCCUCAGACAGCGCUCCUCCUCACGCUGUAAACCCCGACCUGUCUCUAUGCCUGUGGAGUCAUUUUCAGGUGUGUCUGACCCGCUCUCCAGGCCUAGUGCUCAGGGAAGGAAAGGUAAGAACAUCCUGCACAGGUAUCAGAGUAACGAGGGCAUCAGCAUCAUCACAGAGGAGGAGCCGUGUUUCCCUCUGCCGUACCGAGGUCACCCGUCUGUCCGCGGCAUCGACCACAUCAGGGGCAGUCAGUGCUUCAUCAGCGCCGACCUGCACAACAGCGCCACCAUACCUUACCAGGAAGUGGGGUCCAAAAAGUCUUCUGCCUCCACCUCCGCUGCGGUCUCUCCUGCUAAGGGUGUAGCCAAACAGUCCACGUCGCUGCUCGGCGGCUGGCUGGCUCGACUCAAGCUUCUCAGGUUAUCUGCAGCCAUGAGUCGGCGGAGGAUUUCAGUUAAAGACCUGGGAGUGGUGGACUGUGAGGGCUGGCUGCACCGCAAGAAGGAGAGCCGCAGCUUCCUGGGAAGCAGAUGGAAGAGAUACUGGUUUGUCCUGAAGGGGAGUUCUCUGUACUGGUACAGUGACAAGAUGGCUGAGAAAGCUGAUGGAUUCAUCAACCUGUCGGGCUUCACCAUCGAGCAGGCCAAAGCUUCCAGGAAGAAACAUGUCAUAACAGCCAGUCAUCCUCAUGUAGUGACCAUUAUUAUUAGUGCUGAGACCUACAAGGAAAUGAAUAAAUGGAUCAGUAAAAUGACAGAAGCAGCUGAACUAAAUGAGGCGUCCAACAGUGAAGAGCGUUACAGCGAGGAUAGCGAUCGGGACGAAGAGGAGGGCACACCUUUUUGUUCUCUUGACCCUCAACUGGACUCAGUAGACUCCCAAAAUAGAAACUGUCUUCAGCCUCCCUGGGAGUCUGUAUCCUGCACCUCACUCCCCACCGUCGCCACACCCAUCACUGAAAGCAGAAAUAGAACCACCUCGGCGGGAAGCACUUGGAGCAGAAACCGAAGAAGACGCCCAGUGUCUGAUGGUGGCAGUCUGUCCUGGUUGGACCUCCCCGGGCAGGAUGAAGGCAGCAGAGCACAGACUCCUCCUCUGAUUCAUGUCAAAGAAGAAAAAGAGGAGAGGACAGUCCAGGAGAAUCCACCUGAUGAGAUGGAGAGCCUCUACAACCACCUGAAAGCAGCUAGCCUGUCUCCGACUGGACAGACCUGUCAGAGGGACUUCAGAGCAUCGUUUAUCCGGCGAUGUAAGAAUGAAAAAGUCAACGAAAAGGUUCACCUGCUCCGGAUCCUCAAGAGCACAUUAAAAGCCAAAGAGUCAGAGAUGCUGGCUUUGGAGCAAAUCCUGAAUGAACCGAAUCUCACUGCGCUCACAUACAGGGAGUGGAGAAAGUCCAACACCAUCCUGCUGGAGGAUAUCGUGCAGAACAACCAGAGGGUGCCACAAAACUCCGCCGGGAGAGCAUCUGAGAUCUCAGACCUGCUCCGUACAGUAACGUUUUCAGAUUUAUGAAGUCUGACGGACAUUGAAACAUCACCCUGAAGUGAGAGGCUGGUUCAUACGCUGGAUCGAGUGACAAGUUUACUCGAGGUCACUGUUACCUUUUAAAAUGUGUUUCAUCUUACUUCGACCCCCAGCCUUAUUCACUCCACAGACCGGGACAUUUGCAGGUCUUUAACAAACACUGCUGAUUUCAAGCAAAAACUUUCAUUUAAUUAACUUUGAUUUUUAGUGGUCAUUUUGCUUUGUUUGUGGUGGUAUUUUUAUAUAUAAUUUAUGUUUAUAUUAUUUAAAAAGAGCCAACCCCGCCCCCCACCAAGUAGGUUGUGUAAUUUUUUGUGUUUGUUUCUUUAGCAGGAUUACUGCAAAGGUAAUGGAUUUGCAUGAUGUGUAUAAAUAUUGUUCUUGAUCCAGGAACAUUUAGGAGGAUUCUUUACAGCUGGCGAAACUUUUCAUAUUUAAAUGGGUCAAAUUUGGUAGACAUUAACUUGAUGUUGUAAAUAAAAUAUCACAGCUGAUCUGGAUCCAGGAGCUGAGUUCACGCCUGGUGUUAAAUGUGGUGCAUCUCAAUAAUCAGCAGUGUUACUCUCAAAGUGUUGAUGCUUCUGUUGUGUGACGAAGGCUAAAGCAGUGAUUUUACAGUAGCUUAUGAAUUCUACCUCUCAACUAGUUCACUGCAGUGUCUGCUGGAGGAAAAAAAUGCCGUUAAAGCAGAUGCCAGGUUUGAUCAAAGUGCAUUUAAGGGUUACUACAAAUCAGUUUGCAUUGGUUUUCUCAGCAUUAAUUACUUUUUAUGUCUAGGUAUAUGAUGCUUUCUCCUCAGGACUCGUGCAUGUUAAGUUUUUCUCCAUCUGUGUGUAGCUAUUGAAUAUAAAUCAGUGGUGAGAACAGUAAUCUUUUACUCCUUUUCCAGUGAUACUUUAACUAAACUAGAACCAUUUUCACACAUUUCCACCAAAGGAAAGGACAGGUGCUGGUGCCAGAAAAUUAAACAUUCGGUUCUUAAACUGGUGUAAAUGUGGGAACAGGUUCCCCAAAAGCCACAUUUCCAUUAGUAUCUACUCAGCGCGGGUUGACUUGGCUUGGCACAGUCGUGUUGUGUUUCCAUUGCAAUUGAGGACCACCUCAGUGUGGGUGGAGUCGAUAUAGCAGAGCGGCCUGUAGUGUCUUGAUGUAACUUGUAUGCGGCUCACAACACAACAAUGAAUGACAUAGAGGUAAGCUAACAGCUAAUGCCAGUUUAAUAUCGUUAUCAUGCAUAAGUCCCCCAUGCAAUGUUUUAAUGGAUGAAGGUUAUCAUUAAGUAUAACUCUAUACCACAAAGUGCCACCAUACACGGACUUCCAGCAACAAUUACCAUAAUAACACCACAGUAAUACCCUAUAUUGGUUGUGAAGUGCAGUUUCUCAGCUUUCAGAAACUGAGUUUUUCUGAUAGGACAAACGGUCGCGUCAUUACGGUA